UACUAAUCCCCGGCCACGCAUAUAGCUGGUGAUAAUGCACACACAAACACCUUCAAUGGCAGCAACAAGGAUGGAGAUUGUGAUAGCACUUGUCCUUGUUGCAGCUAUGUGGGAAGGUGGAAUGGCAAAAUCAUCAAAUUGCAACACCCUCAUUGUCACCUUAGCUCCCUGCAUGGACCAUGUAAUGGGAAUCAGCAAGACCGCGUCUCCUAAAUGCUGCCAAGAGUUUGGAAACGUUGUCAAGAAACAGUCAGAGUGUGUGUGUCAGGCCAUCGGAAUGGAGCAGCUAGCCAAAAAGAAUGAGGUUUCCAAACUCCCUAAAGCUUGCAAAAUUGAUACCAACUGUGAAGGAUUUGCUGGAGCUCCUGCUGAAUCUCCUUCUGGAAAAGAAGAUUCUGCUUCAGGUCCUUCCUCAAGUGACAAAAAUUCUACUUCAGGAAGUGGAUCUGAGAAAUCAGAUGGAAACUCUAUCAAGUUGUCAUUUUUGCUUCUGUUGGCGGCUCUCUUCAUCGCCUCAUAUGCUUCAACUGUCAGACUCAUCUGAGCUCCGCGUCUAUUGAAUUCGUCACCAACUAACCUGUACUACAUACGUCUAUUGAUCGCAGAAUUCAUGUAUUAGCAAUUUGGGAGAUACUUUUGAUCGGAUUAUUUAAAUUCUCAUUGUCCAUCAAAUUAAUGAGAUAAUUACCAGCUUGUGUAAACAUUUCUUGUAUUGAUUACUUGCCCUGAACCAUUCUACUAGAAAGAGGCAAUUUGAGCAAUGAGCGAGAAUUUGGGUGACAUAGUGAUACAUAUAUUGAGAUUGCAAAUUAAUGGGAGCUUGGUUACAAAUCAUUGUAGAAACAUACAGUAAGUUUUGAAUACACAAAUUAUGCA